CACAACACAUACACACACAGACACACACACACACAGAGGCGUGAUAUGGUCUGGAGUACUCAGCUGCACAGAUUUCUCUUAGAGGGGUCGAGGAGCAAAUGUCAAGACAUGGACUUUAGCCAAAAGAACUGAGGCUGAGGCUUGGCUGCUUGAACAGGACACUCCAACCAGACCAGCUGUUCUUGGAGGGAAGUCAAGUCUAGUGACGUAAGGGUACAUCAAGUUCCAUCAUGGUGAUCCCAAACAACCUUUCCCUUUUCAACUCCUCCCUUAACUCCACUACAGAGAGCUACCUGAACUCCUCUUCAGACCCCCCCACCUCCCACUGUCCAGAAUGGCCUUCUCUAUCCAUGACCACCCUCAUCCCCAUCAUCUACAGCAUUAUCAGCGGGCUGGGGAUUGUGGGUAACACGCUGGCUAUAUUUGUGCUAGCCCAUUCCAGCACCUCCAGGAGCAUCGCUAACACUUUCAUGCUGAACCUGUGUGUGUCCGACCUUCUGUUCCUGAUGUCCCUGCCGCUGUGGGCCGUCCCCUACUCCCAGGACUACAACUGGCCCUUUGGACGUUUGGCUUGCAAGAUCUGUGGCGCUCUGCUCAGCUUCAACCUCUACGCGUCUAUCUUCUUCAUCACGUGCAUGAGCAUGGACCGCUACCUGGCUAUCGUGCACCCGCUGCGUUCCCAGAGUGCCCGGGACCCCAAACGAGCCAAACUGGCGUGCGGCCUGGUGUGGUUUCUGUCUUGUGCUUGCUCUGCGCCUACCCUGGCUCUGCGGGACCUUUACCCCUUGAAGGAAAACGUGGAGGCCUGUGCGAUUUUUUAUCCUGAUGAUACCUGGUUUCUAACUCUGGCCUGGAUGAAGAUAAUUCUGGCCUUCCUUCUGCCUCUGGUUGUUAUCUCUUGUUGCUACUGUGUGAUUGGCCGACAUUUACUAGCGGACACCGACGUGAUACGAAUGGGGAGCUCAUCUCACUCUGUCAAAAAAUCUGUGGAAUCCCCAGAGCACUGCAGUAGAACAGAGAGACCCCCCACUCCCUGUGUGAACCCAAACUCCAGUGGAGGAAGACCACAAGAGGGCAGGGGCCUGGAGAGAGUCUUGUGGACGGUGGCAGCUGUGGUUCUGGCCUUUUUCUUCUGCUGGUUCCCAUUCCACUAUGUGACCAUGCUGGAAAUUCUGCAAGCUUACGGUUUGGCCGACAGCUGCUGGGUGGACUGGACCAUCCGCAACCUCACCCCCAUCACCCUCUGCUUGGGAUUCUCCAACUCGGCCAUCAACCCCCUGCUCUACUGCUUUAUCGGGCAUCAUUUUCGCGGUCGCCUCGGUGGUCUCUGUAAGGGAUUAUGCGCUUGCCUGAAGGCCCGGAGGGAUGAUCACAGCCAGAAGAGGGGCUCCUUCAGUACCAGGCUGAGUUCCUUCUCACGGAAACUCAGUGACCUGAAAGACCUGGCGAUAGUGGAGAGCUCUGGUGCUGCCUAGUGGACUUUAGAGGGCAGAACUUUUUUUUUUGUUGUACUUGCUCCACAUCCCAAAAGAGUAAUGACUGAACUCAAAUAAACAUGGGGGCUGUUGCUAAAGUCAAAGUCCAACAGAGCAUAUGACAGAUAAAAGAAAUACAGAUGUUUAAGGAUAAUAAUUAACCAGUGUUACUACUGUUUUUGUCUUUUCUGGAUUUUGUGCAUUCUUUAACUUUAAACAUUUAUUGCUGUUUUAUGUAAAUGAAUUUAUCGAAUAAAAGAAUGUAUUUCUUGCA